AUUUCUUCUGCCUGACCGCCUGCAGUCUUAGGCCCACGCACUUUCCUGCCUUGCCCCCUCAGGCCAACGCUCGGACCACCGUGGCGCGCGAUCUACAAAAACAUCGCUUUCUCCUUCUCCAAUAACGACCUCAACUCAUCUGCUGCUUCAUUAUAUCCUGCUUCAGUCAGGCAUGGUGACCUUAUCUUGGAAUUAUCCUUUGUGUUAAUUUCCAUCAUCUUCUUCUAUCUAUUUUUAAUGCUGGCCAGAAAAGGUGAGCCUUCCACUCGUCCGUCCGCUUUGGUCUACGCGCAUCAAACACGGUUGUCUUGUAUGCACGACCACCAGUUCCACUCCGCACACCCAGCGUACGUAAAGAUGAUCUGACACCAAUUCAUCUAGCGAUGACAGAUCAAGACAACUACCGACCUCGAUCCCCCGAUUUAUCCUCCCUCCAAUCUCCCGUCUCCCCCUCCGUCAACACCCCCGUCUACCAGUUCGGCAACCCGCUGGUUCAUCGCGCCUCCUACGACGCCUCUCCCUUCUUCACCCCGCAGUACCAGAGUCCCCCGGCCCCGCACGGUAGGGCAUCCCAGCAGUACGUGCCUCCGUACGCAGACCCGAUUCCCUUCGACCCCGACAUGGCUCGUCGAUCGUCUCGUCUCGCGCGUGCCGCCGAAGUCGCGCCCAUGUCCCCCAUGGCGCCUAUGCCCCAUAUGACGGAACACAAAUAUAUGGAACCGAUCGCGCAGCCAAUGCCACAAUCGAUGCCACAAUCGAUGCCACAGCCGAUGCCACAGCCGAUGCCACAGUCGAUGCCACCACAGUCGAUGCCACAGUCGAUGCCACAGCCGAUGCCACAGACCAUCCCGCAGCCGAUUGCACAGCCGAUCUCGCCGCCGAUGGCACCGCUCAUGUCGCAUCCCGAGGAACCCCUGCCCCUUAGUGCACCGACUCCCGUGGAGGUGAAGACCAAGUUUCCAGUUGCGCGCAUCAAGCGCAUCAUGCAAGCAGAUGAGGAUGUGGGCAAGGUGGCUCAAGUGACUCCCAUCGCCGUGUCCAAGGCAUUAGAAUUAUUUAUGAUCUCCCUCGUCACCAAAGCCGCCAAGGAGGCGAGAGAUCGCAACUCCAAACGCGUCACCGCGUCGCACCUCAAACACGCCGUCGCCAAAGACGAAGUCCUAGACUUCCUGGCAGACAUUAUUGCCAAGGUCCCUGAUCAACCGACCAGCCGCAAACAUGACGACGACAACAGUGACGGAAACGAACAGCCCAAGCGGAAGCGCGGUGGGCGGCGGCCCAAGGACGACAGUGAUUAGUGCCGGGCUAUCCUCUUCCUUUUUCUUCUUCUUCUUCUUUCUUUCUUUCUUUCUUCUUUUCUCCUUUCUUCCCUUCUCGAACCUAUUUUCUGAAUGACUUGAUGGACAAUCUUUUAGACUGGGAUGGAGAGCGGGCGCAUCUCUGGCGUUGUGGCGGCGGGUCUGGUUGGGAUUGCAUCUUGCGGGGUGGAUACUAAUCCCUUACGCGGGGAUAUUCAGGUUCAGCUAAAACGGAUGCAAAUAUAAUUAGUGAGCCGAUAGCUCUAGGAGCUCCUCCGCUGGACUGUUU